AUGGCUCCCGGCGUAACCACCGAGCUUCCCGUACACUCUCUGCCUUCUCAGGACGGGAGUGUCAAGACCAAGGCAUUUCCAAAGCCGCUGAGCCCCAGUGGUGCUCUCGAAAAGUUCCAAUACGAGGACACAACGCCUGCCAUUGGCCGAGAGUUCAUUGGCGUCAAUAUCGUAGAUGAUCUCUUGCGCGCAGAAAACGCCGACGAACUUCUACGAGAUGUGGCCAUUACGAUCUCACAGCGUGGCGUUGUCUUCUUCAGAGCUCAAGAUAAUCUGACCAACGAGUUGCAAAAGGAGUUUGUACACCGUCUUGGCCAACUGGCUGGCAAGCCGGCCGACUCUACACUGCAUAUCCAUCCCGUCCUUAACAACACGUCGGAAUUUGGCGUGGGCGAUGAUCAGAUUAGCACCAUUAGCUCUCUGCAACGCAAGGCCAUUUUCCAACACGAAAAGGACCAGACGAGGAAGCGAUACGACUCUUCACAAUGGCAUUCAGACAUCCAGUUCGAGCCCGUGCCGGCAGACUACACGUCGCUCCGUCUCACGCAACUGCCCAAGACUGGUGGCGACACUCUCUGGGCAUCUGGCUACGAAAUCUACGAUCGUUUCUCCAAGCCAUAUCAAAAAUUCUUUGAAGGGUUGACUGCCACCUUCAUCGGAGACGGCUUCCACCGGGCAGCCCGAGACAACCCGGACAAGGUCAAGCUUUACGAGGGCGAGCGUGGCAGUCCCCUGAACACUGGUGCUGGCCUCGAAGCCGUCCACCCUGUCGUUCGCACCAACCCCGUCACUGGCUGGAAGAGUAUCUUUGCCAUUGGCCCUUUCCCCAAGUACAUCAACGAGCUGCACGCCGAUGAGUCCGACGCUCUGUUGAAGAAGUUCUUGUCGGUCAUUACGGAGAAUCACGAUCUACAGGUUCGAUUCAAGUGGAGAAACGAGAACGAUAUUGCCAUCUGGGACAAUCGUAGCGCAUUCCACAGCGCGACAUUUGAUUAUGACAAUCUGGGUGAGCGAUUCGGAAAUCGUGCGGUUGGAAUCGGCGAGAAGCCGUUUUUUGACCCAAACAGCAAGUCCAGAACAGAGGCUCUGGCGGAGGCUACUCAAUAA